AUGGCUGCUGGAAAGUGUCUUUCCCUGAGAUGUGGAUAUGGCUUUGGUGCAGCUGGCAUCGGGUUUGGCUACAGAGGUGUUGGCUUUGGCUAUGGGGUUGGUGGAGUCUCCAGAUUGUGCACCGUCAUACCCAUCACCAUCAACAAGCAACUGCUCCAACCACUCAGACUGGAACUGGAUCCCAACAUGCAAACAGUGAAGUAUCAAGAGAAGGAGCAGAUCAAGACCCUCAACAACCAAUUUGCUUCUUUCAUUGACAAGGUUCGAUUCCUGGAACAGCAGAAUAAGGCACUGGAGACCAAGUGGAGCUUUCUGCAGGGUCAAAAUCACAGCAAGACCACCAUCAUGCCCAUGUUAGAGGCUUAUAUUGGGAACUUGAAGAAGCAGCUGGAAGCACUGGGCUGCAACAGAGCCCAGUUAGAAACAGACCUGAAAGCAGCCCAGCAGGUUUUGGAUACCAACAAGAAAAUGUACAAGGACGAAUGCAGCCAGCGGCCCUGCACCGAGAGCAAGUUUAUUGCCUUGAAGAAGGAUGUGGACUGUGUUUUCUUAAACAAAGCAGAGCUGGAAGCCAAGGUGGGAACCCUGAAAGAAGAGGCUGAAUUCCUGAGAAAGAUCUACAAAGAGGAAACCCACCGGCUGCAGGCCCAGAUCUCUGAUGCUUCAGUGGUCAUCAAGAUGGACAAGAGCCAAGAUCUGGACCUGGGUGGCAUCACUGCAGACGUCAGGGCUCGGUACGAGGACAUUGCCCGCAAGAGCCGAGCAGAAGCACAGGCCUGGUAUGAAAGCAAGUUUGAGGAGCUACAAGUUACUGCAGGCAGAAAUGCUGACAGCCUCAGAGAGACAAAAACCAAGGCAGCUGAGCUGACACGGCAGGUCCAGAGGCUGAAUGGAGAAGUCGAAAGUGCCAAGAAUCAGCGCACCAAGCUGGAAGCUGCCAUGGUCAACGCUGAGCAAUGUGGAGAAACAGCCAUCAAGGAUGCAAAGCAGAAACUGUCUGAGCUGGAGGACACUCUGCAGCAGACCAAGGCUGACCUGAGCCAGCAGCUCCGCAAGUACCAGGAGCUCAUGAACGUCAGGCUGGCUCUGGACGUCGAGAUUGUCACCUAUAGGAAGCUGCUGGAGGGAGAGGAGAGCAGGUGAGUGACAGGAUCAUAG